AUGACGACAGCCGCUGGUUCCUGGGGGGAGACGCGCAGAAAAGAGACUAGGAUGGCACCGGGAGCUGAGGACGAUAUUGCCGUUUCAACUGCCAGAGGAGAUAUUAGAGGCGCACGCUACCCACACGUUUUGAAUCACAUCAGCAUCUACACAAUCCCUUCAAUCGACGAGGUGCUCGAUCUUUACCACGAUUUCCAAUCUUCCAGCGACCAUGAUUUGGACCUGGAGCCAAGCCAUCCCGACGGCUGCAGAUCCGACCCGUCACUACCGCGCCGAGCACAGCAUAAGGGAGACAAUGAUUCUAUACUCGCAUCCAUCGCUCGCGCGUACGCGGGUACGAAUGGGCCUGAAGUGAUCGGCCCAGGAUCUCAACUUUACAAUACCCGCAAUGCAUAUCCUUCGAGCUCAGGCGACUCUGAGAGUCUCACAAUUUGCCGCAAGGACUCUUGGGAGUCGGCGCCAUCGGUGACGGACAGCGAUGAUUCCGUAUAUCUUUCGACCAUUUUCGAGGAGCCAGAGCCUCCGGAGUUGGGCGUGGACGUCGAUAUUGUCAAGCCUACCUUCAGGACGAGAAGGCGGAGAGACAUUCUGAUGGCACGAGACUGCAAAAUAAAGGGCGACAGAGCGGGUUUGUCUGACAAGCGCAUCUGA